AAGCAAUAAAUUUUUAGCUUAAGAACAUGGCUCCGGAGGACGCCAAUAAAAUUUCGAAAAUUUGCCUUGAAAAAUUUGGUUGCCUGCCGAAAACUGGAAAGCCAAAGAUUGACUUUGAAUGGACUAUAUUGUCCGCUAUUGUACAGGUUGAAACUAAAGAUGAUAACGUAAAAAUGGAUGUUGUAGCACUUGGUACAGGGACAAAAUGCUUGGGAUCGAAUCAGUUGAGUUCUAAGGGUGAUAUUCUCAACGAUAGCCACGCUGAAGUAUUGACCAGAAGAGCAUUUUUACGAUAUUUGUUAAGCCAAAUGAGAAAAUCCUUAUCCAACGAAUGUAGUAUUUUUGAACACAACACGUCAACUAGAUUAUUCCGCUUAAAAAGCAAUGUUUCGUUCCACUUCUUCACAACCCAUAGCCCAUGUGGAGAUGCAAGCAUUUUUGACGUAUCUGAUGCCGUCGAACAUGAACCUUUGGCUAAGAAAAUGAAAUUGUGCAAAGAUGCCUCCUGUGAUACUGAAACCAGUUCAAAAACAGCAGAUGGUAUGACUGGGGGUAAAUUGAUUAGUUCCGAAGGAACUGAUCCAAUGUCACAGACAAUUGGAAUGAUCAGAACAAAGCCAGGUAAGGGCAUUCGAACUUUGUCGCUCUCAUGUAGCGACAAGAUGGCACGAUGGAACGUGCUUGGCGUGCAAGGUUCCUUGCUCAUGACACUACUGGAGAAACCGAUCUAUCUGGAAACGAUCGUCAUUUGUGACGGUACUGAUUAUAGCAAAGAAGCGAUCGAACGAGCACUGUGGAAACGUUGGAAUGUUGAAGAAUUGCAGGAAAUUUUACAAUCACCAUUUAAAUUGAAUCGGCCUGUGGUUUGUGCAGCUUCUAACAAGCUUAUGUUUCCGUUUCGGAGGAAUAGAAGUGUUGAGCCGGGGAAAAAAUUUCAGCCAGCUCCUGGAGGUAUUGCUUGGUGCAAAGGUGUUGAAAGAGAGCUUGAGGUGGAAAUCAGCGGUCGGCGACAGGGCACUAUCAAGAAGAACCUCGGCACACCGGCAGCUCGGCUCAAGAUCUCGAAAAUUGAAUUAUACUCGGCAUUCGUUGCCGCGCGGAACGAGCUCCGGACACCGGUUGUGGCUGGUGGGACAAGUUUCUCUGACGCUGAGAUAAAUUUAUCGCCGUCUGGCACGGUACAGGAUGUGGCUGAUUCCAACGGGUUGCGCUACGGUGACGCAAAGGCAAACUCUCGGGCAUACCGCGAACAGUGGCAUCAACUGCGCGCUCGAGUCUUUCGAGUGUGGAGUGAAAAACCAUCCGGUUUGGAGCAUUUUACCCUUUGA